GCCGCAAAGGUAAGGGUGAGUGGCGCGAGCACGAGGAUGCACGGACAGGCGAGAGGGAGGGAGAGAGCGCGCGGAUUCCGGUUGCUCGCUGUUUGAUGCGCUGCGGGCGCGGCUGUAGCUUCCUCCGUCCAGGCGUCCACCCGAUGCCGCUCCUCGCCACCCGACCCUAUAUAACGCCGCGCACGUCAGCGGCCACCGCGGGCCCCGCCACUGCCACCUCUUCCGGUACCUGCUCCCUCCGGGUCCGGCUCCGCGCACCAGGGAGAUCCGCCGCCUCCUCCUCCUCCUCCCGGCUCCCUCGCGCCAUGGCCGCCACCGGAGCCGAUGCCGCCGCCGCUCCCCCGUCCCUGCUCGUCUUUUCAGGUGGAACAGCAUUUAAUGGUGUCGUAGAAGAGUUGAAGAAAGUGACUACCCGGGUUGCGCAUGUCCUACCAGUUUCUGAUGAUGGUGGAAGCACAGCUGAGAUUGUUCGUGUGCUUGGUGGACCUGCUGUGGGUGACAUAAGAUCAAGAUGCUUGAGACUGUCCGAUGAAAGCACUUUGGAAGCACUCUCCGUCCGGAGAUUACUUGGGCACCGUUUGCCUCUUGAUCCUUCAGAAGCAAAGCUGGAGUGGUACAAUAUUGUGGAAGGAGAACACUCUUUAUGGGAUGGUGUCUCUCGUCCCUACAGGGAAACAAUCCGUGCAUUUUUGGUCUACUUCCAUAAUGAGAUCCUUCGGCGACCAGUUGAAACAUUUUGCUUCACCAAUGGCAGCAUUGGGAAUUUCUUUUUUGCUGGCGCACGCAUAUUCUUCCAGUCUUUGGAUGCUGCGAUCUUUUUGUUUUCACGUGUGUCACAAAUCCCUGCCGAAAGUCUUGUGCUUCCAGUAAUAUCCACAAAUGACAGGCUUACUCUGGGGUGUGAAUUAUGGGAUGGAACUAUUAUCCGAGGCCAAAAUGAAAUAUCACAUCCAAGCAAUGGCCGUAGAGAAGUUGUUGACAAGGACUCUAAUUCAUGCACCGCACUUCCUUCAAGCAUCAAGCGCGUCUUUUACAUGUCAAGUGAAGGUUGCAACCUAUUGCAUGAGGUGUUUCCUGAAGCUAACCAUACAGUUUUGGAGCAGCUAAGUAAGGUGGAUUGCAUUGUAUAUGCGAUGGGGUCGCUAUUUACAUCAGUUUGUCCAUCACUGGUACUGCGUGGCAUUGGUGAGACUAUAGCAUCAAGGUCCAUUCCCAAGGUACUUCUUUUAAAUGGAUCACAUGAUAGAGAAACUAUUGGGCUGUCUGCUUCUGGCUUUGUGACUGCAAUUACGGAUUCUCUAAAUCGGACAUAUGGUGAUCCUGACAAAAGUCUAAAGUAUCAUCCCAAAGACUAUGUUAAUGCCAUAUUGGUUCCUGAAGGAGGCCAAAUUCCUUUAGAUGUUGAACAUUUGGCAUCUAAAAGAAUUUUUCAUGUGGAGGUGUUCCUGUCGGACAUGACCAAUGACAAUCAAGGUCCGACCUAAAUGGAGUAUGAAUUGGGGGGCACCUCAUUUGAAGUUGGGACAAUAUCCGAUCCCAAUCCGAGCAAGACGAAGGGAAAGAUGGCGAAGGCAAGAGGUCCGGCAUUCUCAACUUUUGAGGACAUCUUGUUGGUCAAAGAUUGGUUGGCCACAACGAUGGAUCCAAUUUGCGGCAGCGAGCAAAAGGGGAACAAGUAUUGGGAGAAGAUUUGGAUGGAGUAUCACGAACAAAAGGAAUAUGUGGAGCCGCAUCCUAUCGUGACCAACCGCAAUAUGGCAUCUCUCCAACAUCGAUGGGGGAUCAUUCAAGGGGAAGUGAACAGUACGUCAGCUACUACUCACAAGUGACCAAACGCCCUCAAAGUGGGAUGGGAGUGGCAACUCACACGCUGGUGGCGGCCACUUUGUAUCAUGAAACGGAGAAGCCGUUUGCUUUUAGCCAUUGUUGGAUCAUAUUGAAAGGAGUGCCAAGAAGGACACAACUUGUGGCCGAUCUCAAGGCCGGCAAGAAGAGGAAUGAUGGCUCAAGCUCCCAUCAAUCUAUUGGGUUGGCCGAUGAAGAGGACGAUAUUGUCGUCGAGAAUGGGAGAGCCACCGUGCCAAGGAUAAGCGACAAGUCAUGGGAAACAAGUGGGAGAAGGCAAGGGCCUCCCGUGAUGCCGCGGCUACAAAAAUGUCCUCCACAUGGGCGGGCAUUUUUUCAGCGAGGGAGAACAAGAAAGAGCAGAGGUACAAGCUCAUGUUGGAUGCGCAAAAGGAGAAGAUGGAUGGGGACCGGAAGAGGACGGAGAAGAAGCUGGAAAUUGAGAGGGAGAAGAUCGAGUUGGAGAAGCAAGAGGCGGCGAUCAAAUGGGAGCUCGAGAAGGUCAAGACAUUUGGAGAGAUUGAGGUUGAGAAGGAGAGGUUGCAACUCGCAUGGGACGCGGAGGAUGCGAAGAUCAUGUUGGCGGACGAAACCCUCUUGGAUGAGCAUGCAAAGAAGUUGCUUGUGGAGCAGAAGUUCAACGAGCCUAGGGAGUACGAGGCGGCGAGGAUGGCUGCGGCAAUAACGGAGCAUGCGGCAAGGAUGCAGGCGGAGCAGGACGCAAGGAUGGCCUCGGAGCAGGCGGCAUGGUUGGCGUCCGGCGAGUGAUCCGGCCAACAAGCGAGGCAUCCGUCACGCUCAGACAUUGAUUUCAUUUUGGCAUGUGUUGAACUAUGACUUGCUUUGCUUUGUUUUGGACUGUUGAAUUCGGACAAUUUGUAUCGUAUGAUUGACGUGCAUGGAUUGCAUGGAUUUGAGGCUCCGCAUUUGAGGUAUGUGGAUAUGCGGCAGCCCAUAUGAGGGGCUGGCGGGCGCUGUCCGCGGCCGCGGCCGCGGGUGUAUAGGGGGCCGGAUUUGCCCAGUCCGGCUGUAGAUGCUCUUAUAUUCCUUAAAGCUUGUCUUCUUUGACUGCUGACCUGGAUAAGUGCAUGGAUGAACCGAUGGGCAUAUGAACCCACUUUGGAACCUGUUGGUACACUAGUUUUUAAUUUGUUUCCAUGCUGCUUGGGAUUUUCAUCGCACAAU